GGGGAGGUAGCAGAGGCAAGAUGGCGGCGCCCAUGGAGGUGGCCGUGUGUACGGACUCGGCGGGCCAGCUGUGGAGCUGUGUCGUGUGGGAACUACACUCCGGCGCCAACCUACUCACGUACCGCGGCGGUCAGGCUGGGCCCCGCGGCCUGGCGAUGCUCAAUGGCGAAUACCUUCUGGCAGCGCAGCUAGGCAAAAACUACAUCAGCGCCUGGGAGCUGCAGCGCAAGGACCAGCUCCAGCAGAAGAUCACGUGCCCUGGGCCCGUCACCUGUCUGACCACGUCGCCCGAUGGCCUCUACGUCCUGGCUGGCAUCGAGGAGAGCAUCCACCUGUGGGAGGUCUCCACAGGGAACCUCCUGGUCAUCCUCAGCCGUCACUACCAGGACGUGGUGUGCCUGCGGUUCACGGGCGAUGGCAGUCACUUUGUCUCGGGGGGCAAGGACUGCCUGGCACUGGCCUGGAGCCUCUGCAGCGUGCUGCAGGCGGACCCCGCCAGGAUCCCCGCCCCACGACACGUCUGGUCACACCACACCCUACCUGUCACAGAUGUGCACUGUGGCCUUGGGGGACCCCUGGCCCGGGUGGCUACAGCAUCGCUGGACCAGACGGUGAAGCUCUGGGAGCUCUCCUCAGGCGAGCUGCUGCUGUCAGUUCUGUUCGAUGUGGCCAUUGUGGCCGUGUCCCUGGACCUGGCUGAGCACCACAUAUUCUGUGGAGGCAGUGACGGCUCCAUCUUCCAGGUGGACCUGUGCUCCUGGCCCGGGCAGAGAGAGAAGAACUUUCAGCCGGAGCAGGAGAGUGGGAAGGUCUUCCGAGGGCACAGGAACCAGGUGACAUGUCUGUCUGUGUCCACUGACGGCAGCCUGUUGCUCUCGGGCUCCCACGAUGAGACCGUGCGGCUGUGGGACGUGCAUAGCAAGCAAUGUAUACGCACCGUGACCCUCAAAGGCCCUGUGACCAACGCCUUCAUCAUGCUGGCUCCCGUGAACAUGCUGAGCUCCGACCUCAGGCCCAGCCUGCCGCUGCCGCACUUCAACAAGCACCUGCUGGGGGCUGAGCACGGUGACCAGCCGCACCCAGGGAGCCUCACCCUACGCUUGGGCCUCCACCGGCAGGGUUCAGAGCCAAGCUACUUGGAGCGGGCGGAGCAGCUGCAGUCCGUCAUGUGCAGCACCAUGGAGAAGAGUGUCCUGGGCGGCCAGGACCAGCUGCGCAUCCGCGUGACGGAGCUGGAGGACGAGGUGCGCAAUCUGCGCAAGAUCAACCGCGACCUUUUCGACUUCUCUACACGCAUCAUCACCAGGCCGGCCAAGUGAG